GACUUAAAUAAAAUCUUGCAAAAUCAAAGUUGUUGUAGCGAAAAAAUGGAAAUGGAAAUGGGACUCAAACUAACAAGACCUGCAGAUGAAUUCUCCUCUACAGAAUUCCAAUUUGCAAAAGACAGAGGUGGCCCUCUUUACCAGUCUAUAGAAACAGACUCAAUGUUCAUCCUUACUGUCCAUUUGAAAGGUUAUAUGAAAGAUAACAUAAAGGUUGAUAUUAAUAAGGAAGGGACUAUAAUCGUGAUAAGGGGUGAAAAAUCGGUUCAAGAAACUGUGAUGGUAGGGUGGAAUGUGAUCAAGAAAGAUGUAGAAAUUAGAAAAUUUAGUAAGGCUUUCAAGAUUCCAGAUGGGGUUAUCUUGGAUAAAAUUGAGGCUAGAUUUGAUGAGGAUAAAUCCAUAUUGACUGUUAAAAUGCCAAAGAAAGUAAAAGGGAUUCUUGGAAUUGAGUUAGUUGAAGUGAAGGAGCAUGAAGAUUUGCCACUUGUAGGUGACAAGAUUCCUAAGAAAGUCACAUUUAAAGAAGAUAUGGAUAAGCCAAAAGCAGAGGAAAAUCAAAAAAAGGAGAAAGAAAUUGUGGAGAAUGUAUUAGAGAGCCUUGAAAAACCACGUGAAGUAGUCGAAAAACACGUUGUUAAGGAUGAAUUAAUGCCAAAUGUAGACUCAAACAUCCAUAGAAACGAUACAAUUCAAGAAAAAAGAGAGCAUCGCAGAGAUUCUGUAGUUGGUGAUAAACCUGAAUCAUCGAGUUCGAGGGAUGAAUCUAAAGAUGAUCAAGCUAGUGAAACAUCAAGGAAAAAGGAAGAUGACAAUGUGCCUAAGAGGAGCUCAAAAAUUUGUGUGCCUAUUGUUGCAGGAUCAGCUUUAAUAUUAUCACUUGUUGUGUUUGUCAUUCAUCUCAUCAGAACUAAGAAUCAAUCUGACAAAAGAAAAGGUUAAAAGGCUAACAACAUAGCAUGAAUGUUGUUAUUUUCUAAAACUCGUUUUUUCUACUUCUUUCAUUUGAUUGUAAAAAUAGAGUUUCGUGAUUACUAGGUUCAAUUUGUUGUGUCGUUAUGAGUUUGUAAUUGAGCCUAAAAAAGCCUAUCAUUAUUAUGAGCACUUUGUAUCACUUUUU